AAAGUGAAACGGUACCGCCUGGAGCGCGGCGAGCCCGGCGACGGCUCCGGGCAGCCCUUCAAAGCUCACUCCAGGCCAGUCCCGAGGCCACGAUACGACGACGCUUUCCACGACGAUGGGAGAUUCCCCCAUGACAACUCCCAGCACCACCCCCACAAUGACUGGAGUGAGGAGCCCAGAGAAGACUAUCCAGGCCCUUCCUACAGACCUGCCAGCCCUCUCCUCCGGAAGGACAACUACUUCCACGAGCAGUACGGACGCCCUGCAGCUCGGGACCGGGAGUUUGGCCGGGAAUACGGGCGUCCUGCUUCCCAAAACAGGGAGUAUGGGCAUCCAGCUUCCCAGAACAGGGAGUAUGGGUGCCCAGCAUCACGGGACAGGGAGUAUGGACACACCACUGCCCACGACAGGGAGUACGGGCGGCCCCCAGGCCACGAGAGGGAAUACACAGCUCUGGCUCCUCACGACCAGGACUAUGGCCCUGCUGACUCUUGGGAAGGGCCACAUGAGCCUGAUUUCAGUUCCUCAGAGAUCUUAGGGGAUUUCAGGUCGCCAGGACUGAUGGGAGAGGAGUAUGGCAGCAUGGAGAGCCAGGAGUACGAGGGGGAGUUCGGGGGUCAGGACAGCGAGUUCCGCCCGGCGUUGCGCAGGGGCAGCGUGGGCAGGGGCAGAGGUCUGCGGGGCAAACAUCUCACCAGGGGAGUGCUGAAAGCCAAGGUGUUCAAAGGAGACAUCAAAGCUCCCCUCAAGAAGUGGAACACUAAAAAGCUGCAGCCAGGCCUGGACCCAAAGCCAAGUCUGGAUCAGCCACCGGAUGCAGCCGAACAUCCCAACCCGAGGCCAAUGCCCGUCCAGCGCCCGGGCCCCAAGUUACCUCCACGACCUAACCAGAGGCCAGCCCUGGCAGCCCACAGGCCCAUCCUGAGGCUGCCAAAGCCUGCACACGUGUUCAGGAAUCUCAACUUCGACCUGGUGGAUAAAUCAGACAUCUUCUCCACGUUUGGCAUGGAGAUUAUCAAGUGGGCAGGAUUUCAUGCCAUCAAGAGCGACGCGGAGUUCUCCCGUCUCUUCGGAGCUCUCUUUGAGCUGGAGACAGAGACCUGUGCCAAAAUGUUGGCUUCUUUCAAGUGCUCCCUAAAGCCAGAACACAGAGAUUAUUGUUUCUUUACUAUCAAGAGUUUACAACAUGCUGCUCUGAAAACUCCCAAAGUGGACAAUGAGUUCCUGAACAUGUUGCUGGACAAGGGAGCUGUGAAAACCAAGAAUUGCUUCUUUGAGAUCAUCAAACCUUUUGAUAAAUACAUCAUGAGGCUCCAGGACCGUCUGCUCAAGGGGGUCACUCCACUGCUCAUGGCCUGCAAUGCCUAUGAGCUCAGCAUUAAAACCAGUGGGUUUGGCAACCCAAGGGAAAUGGCAAAUGCUUUUGAGACCACAGUGUCUCUGUGUCGGAAGUCUCUGGCUCUCCUCGGUCAGACCUUUGCUCUGGCAUCAGUUUUCAGGCAAGAGAAAAUCCUGGAAGCUGUAGGACUCCAGGAAAUGGCUCCAGCACCAACACUAUUCCCAAAUUUUGAUGAUUCCACCUUGUUUGGGAGGGAGUACAUUGAGAACCUGAAGGCUUGGUUGGAGAAGAGUGGGUAUCCCAUCCAGAUGAAAAAACAGGAAGCAGAGCCCACAGACAAGCUGGAAACAUCCUCUCCUGAUGCUAAAGGGAAUGCCCAGAAGAACUGCCCUGAGUACUGGUUCCUGUCUGAUGAGGACAGUCUGGAGUACAAGUAUUACAGACUGAAGUUGUCAGAGACACAGAGGCACUUGGCAGCAGGGAAGGAGGCAGGAGGGGAGGGCAGGACACCCCAAGAAGCUGCCACAGAGUCAGUCAGGGCCAUGCUGUAUGCCAGGAGAGUUGCAAGCAUUAAGAGAAGACUGUUUAAAAGGAAAAAGCUUGGAAUGAUCCCCCAGCAUGGUACCCGAGGAAGGAAGGUGAGGAGAGCAACCAUAGGGACACAGACUGUGCUGUCAGCUGGAACAGUGCUGAAGCACCAAGACAAACAUCUUCCAGGUUCAGAGCAGGCAAAGGAUUCUGUGUCAGGAUCCAGCCUGGCUGAGAAGAGCUCUUCCCUCAGCACCACCUCACAGGGUGCCACCAGCUCCGAGGCCUCUCUGCCAGCAGAGGAAAGGACAGAAUCUGAGGAACUGGCCACGUCACCAGAGCUUUUCCCACCUUUGGCCUCUCAGUUUCCUGAUGUGGAUGCCAAAACCAUGGAAACUGCAGAGAAACUUGCCAAGUUUGUUGCUCAGGUAGGACCAGAAAUCGAGCAGUUCAGCAUAGACAACAGUGCAGAUAACCCAGACCUGUGGUUUCUCCAGGAUCGAAACAGUUCUGCCUUCAAGUUCUACCGAAUGAAAGUCUAUGAGUUGUGUCCUUCCAUCAACUUCAGUGCUGUGCCUGAGGCAGCUGAUGCUGGGGAGAGUGCUAAAGCUGGAGACAGGAACCUGGAUAUCUCUGAAGAGGAAGAGGAGGAGGAAGAAGAGGAAGAAGACAACGAGGAGGAAGCUGAGUUUGAGGAGGAAAUCUCACCUCCUGCCCCUGGCAGCCUCUUCCCUCGCAAGCGCAUCAGCAGCAAGUCCCUGAAGGUUGGCAUGAUCCCUGCAUCCAAGAGGAUCUGCCUCAUAGAGGAGCCAAAAGUGCAUGAGCCCGUGCGAAUCGCCUACGACAGGCCCCGGGGCUGCCCCGUGGUCAAGAAGAAGAAGAAACCUAAAGAUCUGGAGUUCUCCCACAAGAGGCUGACACACAGGAAUGUGGGCUUCCAGAUGCUGCAGAAGAUGGGCUGGCAGGAGGGACACGGUCUGGGCACGCGAGGGAAAGGCAUCAGGGAGCCUGUAAAAGUGGGUGCUACCUCUGCAGGGGAGGGCUUGGGUGUUGCAGGGGAAGAAAAUAAAGAAGAUGCAUUUGAUGUUUUCCGUCAGAGAAUGAUACAAAUGUACAGGCAGAAAAGAGCAAGUAAAUAG